UAGUUACCCGUCAUCCGUCAACCCUAGUUAAAAAUGUACAAAAGCAUAUUCUUUUUAUUUAGCAACCUGCCAUUCAUAAAAUAAAAUUGAAUUGAAUUAUUUAGCAACAAGUUAUAAAAUUCCACAAAUAUUUAUAGAUAGUUGCUUUCUCUAAGUAUUUAGCCAGGAGUUUAAUUUACACCAUGGACGACUCCUUUUCAAGUAUUGACAAUUCACCUCGAUGUAGAAGAAGAACCAAAUGUGGGGAUAUCAGUAUUUCAGAUCAGCUCGCAGGUUUUGAACGGCUUCGUAUUUCAGCGUUAACUAAGGCUGCAGAAAUCAGUCCCCAAAUAAAAGAGGUUACUAUAGGUCCACGAAGUCCAUUAAAAAAAACCAUAACUAUACAGGAGAAGCAACCUGAACAACCAGAAGAAGUAAUCAAUUUGUUAGAAGAUAAACUUGGCGAUGAUUUGCGAUAUACUUUAAUACUUAAAAAACAUGAAGCUGCAUUGCAAGAGACAUCAGAAUUAUGGUUUAAAAAUAAAAUUGAAAAUAUGAGAGCUAAACAUGCAGAAGCCAUGCGCAGCUACUGGAAAAAACAAUGUGAAGAUUAUGAACGAAAAAAUCUUGAAUUAAGAGCUCGUAAAUUGCAAAUGAUCAAACAACUCAAAGAAAACGAUAAUAUGUUGGUAUUAGAAAAAGCUAAAUUAGAUGAACAAAAAUAUCAAUCAUAUAUAAGCCGGGACACAAUUGAAAAUAUGAACAAACUUCUUGAAGAAACAAAUAAAGCUACAACUAGAUUUGCCCAUAUUACAGAUAGCCAUACAAAAGUAUUAAUUUGUUCUAAUGAAAUUAUGAGCAUGACUGAACAAGCUGAAGAUUAUGGUAAAGAUGUUGUUAGUAAAUACACAUCUUCAAUACAAACUAUUCUUAGCAACAUGUCUAAAAUAAUGGAUUAUUGUAGAAGUUGUCAAAUCACAGACAAAGAAGUGAAGCAAGCAGAGAUCUUGACCUCAAAUAUUGAGAAUAUAAAAUCAAAAAUAGUAGAAGAUCUCAAUACUUUAAAAAAUGAACAUCUUAUGAAGAUGCAACAAGAAGAGGAAAUUAAGAAAAAAGAAUUAGAAGAACAGAAAGCAAGAGAAGAUGAAUUAUUAAGGAAACAACAGGAAGCUACGGAGAUUGCAAAAAAAUCGGGACCUUUAUUUUAUUCAGAAAAAAACUAUGCAUAUUAUUCAGACUUGCAAAAGUUUUUAUUGGAUUAUGAAAAUAAAUACAAGGGACUCCUUGAAGAUAGUAAUAUGAAAAAAUUUAGAUUUGAUUGUCAGAAAGCUGUAAAUACACCUGUAAAUACUUUAUCAUCUGUAAGUGGAACACAUAUGAAGAAAACAUUAGAAAAAUUAGCGAAUUUACUGAGAGGGGAAAGGGUUCAAAUAUCAGAUGCAUAUGUGUCUGCUUCACAACACCCCCAAGGUCUUUAUUACUGUACAGCUUUAUUAGCUAAGAAAAUUGUGAGACAAGGUGACCUUCUCGUGUCCAGUAAACCAGAGGCCGCAUUUCCAUUAGCAGCUGUAACUGUUGUAUUAUGGUUUGAAUUUCCAGAAUUUGGCAAACUCUUAGAAGCAUACUUUCACCAACAUUGUCCAUAUUUAGUGCCUAUGUUUUUGCCACAGAAGCAAGGACAAACAGAUAAAGAAUUUUAUUUAUCUAGAGGUUAUACCUACACUGAUGAUGUUGUAGAAAAACAGGAUAAGUUUCUGAAAAGAAUGUCUGGUAUAUUCAGGCUAAGAUGUGCCAUUUGGAUUGCUAAAAUGCCAUCGUUUAUCAGGGCUUCAAAUCCCCAUGGCUUAAAGUUUGGAUGGCAAUGGCUGGCUUCAUUUAUUAACUUAAAACCUGAGCCUGAUAUUUGUGCCACAUUGCUGCAUGAUUUUUUUACAGUGUGUGGUUCAGACUUCUAUAGAUACUAUGGAAAGCAGUUCACAAAAAUAAUAAAACUAAUAAGUAUGGACUACCUAAAUAUUUUGCAGAAUAUUGAUGAAGGAGGUCCAAAAACAAGAUUGGAAGUUUUCUUACAAAAUGUCUUGCAAAGUGGAAACAUUCCUCCACCAAAUGGACUACUGCCUCCUAGCACAUGGUAGCAUUUCACAAAAAAUUGCUUAGUUUUGCAUAAUGAAUCUAUUAAUUAAGUGUAAUGAAAGUUUAGUAAUGUAAACUGUAUUAAAUAAUUUAUCCUAAUGAAAUCAAUAUACAGUGACAUUUUGAUUAAAGUUUUGAUUUUUA